UUGAAGAGGCGGGAUUUCAAGGAAGGGAGCCGGACGUUAAGCUAGCCUUGCGUUAACUUGCUAUCAGUAUCAAGCCAUUCCAUGCAUUCAAUCGGAUCUAUGGAUUUAUCAUGAAGUGCAAAAGGGUUCGAAUUUUUGUGACAUUAGUUGUGAUCUGGAGUGUCGGGAUUCUUCAGUACGUGUUUCAUAGUCCGUCUGAUGAGCAAAGUGCAACAGUUUUGCAGUUUCAGUCACGAAUAAGCGCGACCCAGGAUAAAAAGACAAAACUGGCGAAUGCGAAGAGAAAGAAUAAACUCACUGAAGCAAGAAGGGCAGUUCGAAAGAGUUUGAGUCGUGAUGUUGUGGAGCGCAUGAACCAGGUGCCACCGUAUUUCACCAUUGACUCCAAGUUUUAUAUCGAGGAGACACAAUCUGCUGGUGGCGAUCCCUAUCAGAGACAUGCCUUCAACGUGGAAGCAAGUGAUAAUAUUGACAUCAAUAGAGAAAUCCCCGAUACCAGAGAGGAGUUAUGCCAGUCAAAGCAAUAUGAGGAUGAUCUCCCACAAACGAGUAUCGUCAUCACAUUCCACAACGAAGCCAGAUCGGCCCUGCUGCGGACAGUUACCAGUGUGAUCAACAGGACACCUCCUCACCUCAUCAAAGAGAUCAUCUUGGUGGAUGACUUUAGUGACAAUCCUGACGAUGGAUCAAGACUUAGCAUUAUCCCAAAGGUCAAGGUCAUAAGGAACAGCAAGAGAGAAGGUUUGAUAAGGUCAAGGGUGCGAGGUGCUGAUGAGGCCACGGCAGAGGUUCUGACCUUUCUGGACAGUCACUGUGAGGCAAACACUGAUUGGCUUCAACCACUGCUACAAAGAAUUAAAGAGGACGCCCAUGCCGUUGUCAGUCCAGUGAUCGACGUCAUUAACAUGGAUACCUUCCACUAUCUGCCAGCAUCACAUGACCUUAGGGGAGGAUUUGAUUGGAGUUUACAUUUUAAAUGGGAACCGAUGACGCUUCACCAGAGACAGAUGAGACGAGAUGCCACAUCGCCCAUUAAAACUCCUGUGAUAGCCGGUGGACUGUUUUCAAUCCGAAAGGACUGGUUCAUCACCCUGGGCAAAUAUGACACUGAAAUGGAUAUCUGGGGAGGGGAAAACUUCGAUUUGUCUUUUAGAGUUUGGAUGUGUGGAGGGGAACUGGAGAUUAUGCCCUGUAGUCGAGUGGGCCACGUAUUCAGAAAGAGACACCCGUACACGUUCCCGCUGGGAAAUGCAAAAACGUAUAUCCGCAAUACUCGAAGAACUGCUGAAGUGUGGAUGGACGAAUAUAAACGAUUUUUCUACAAUGCACGCCCAUCAGCCAAAAAUAAACCUUACGGAGAUGUUUCAGAGAGACAAAAACUCAGGGAUUCAUUAAAGUGCAAGUCAUUCAAAUGGUACUUGGAUAACGUAUAUCCAGAACUGGAAGUUCCAGAGCGCGAUGAGAUUGCCUCUGGGAAGCUGAGGCAGGGAGAUUGGUGCAUAGAUACGCUGCAUCAAGUCACCCCUGGAGAACCCGUGGUGCAGUACUGCAGCAAGCACAGCACUAGUCAGGACUGGGUCCAUUUGAAGUCUGGUCAGAUGAUGAGUAACCAGAUGUGUUUGACUGCUGAUCCGAUAGAAACCCAUAACCAUAUAAUUCUUAACUUCUGCAACAAGGGCUCACAACAGCUCUGGAAGAAAGAGGCAUCCAGUUUGAUCCACAUCAACACCGGUCUCUGUUUAGAUCGGUCCUACCGCGGCCAGAGCCUCAUCCUUGGCCGGUGCUCAAAGAAACAGACCCAAGUCUGGGGGAUAUUUGAUAGUUGAUGAUUGUGAUGGAGUAGGGAUGAGCAGUUUCAGUGUCUGAAGUGAGAUGGCAGCACUACAAAACUUUCAUUCGUCACACUGUUGGUCCUUCCCACCAAGGUUGUUGCUCGGAUAUUGUGCACGAGAUGCGCUAGGUGCAGAUUCUGUUGAGUCUACCAUCCAGCAAACUGACUAUGUGUUUCUUCUAACAUUGUUUUUUAUAGGUAACAAAGCGCAAAAAAACCAACCCCAGUCUUCAAUAACUUGAAUCAAAAGCAACCUCCUGUCAUUUGGUCAUAGUGUUAGGACAACAUGUGUCAUUUUGUGUCCUGUGUGUUCCAGUGACGAAGAAUCAGUACAUUGACAAUUAAAUUUUCAUAUCCUAAAUGGGGGGAUGGGGAUUGGCCUUUUUCGGGACACUGAGAUGGACUCAAAAAUGGCCCAAUUUUCGGGAUACACAGCCUUAUAAGAUCCAUGAAAAUUCAGGAUGGCCAGGAAACUGCGUCAGGAUUCGCUAAAGAUCGUCUUGGGAUCUGCCAAAAAUUACCCCUCGAGAAUUGGGUUGGGGCCUUUCUUAUAACGGUACGUUGGGACAGGUACCCCCCUGAGUCCAAUUGGAGAUAAUAAAUGUCAUUGUACACAAUGAUUUCGGAAAUAUAUAUGGAAAUGUGUUUUAUAAUAUAUUAAUCUUUGUUAAAAUUGCCUCAAAGGCUAUGUCAUGGUGCCCACUCCAUUGAAUGUAAAGAGCAGUAGAUUUCCGGUAUCAAUAGACCCGCCCGAUCCUUUGUGGCUGGUAAAAUUAAGGGGUCGAAGGAGUGCAUUCAACCGCUAUUUGUUUUAGAAAUGAUUCAGGCGAGUCUGUUGUGGCCCGUAACUGAUGUAUUAUUCAUUUGAUUGGGCACCAUAGAUAUGAAUGUUUAACUUUAAAAAUGUGUUUGAUACUUUACAUGCUUUACAAGCGCCUGUCAAUACUCGAAUUGUUGUAAAUAAAAUCAGCUAUGCACAGA